UCAGAACACAACACAGAAACAACGACAAAGCAGCAACAGAGGAAAGCAAAGGUGAAGAAGCGUGCUCGCAUUCACAUCACACACAUCACACUUUCAACAACCACAACAACCACGCACACAGCACACACCAAGGACGAUGACGUUUGGACAGGUGGUGAUUGGACCGCCGGGGUCUGGCAAGACGACAUACGCCCUGGCUGUGGGGGAGUUCAUGCGCGCGCGGCUGGGCCGUAAGGUGUGCGUGGUGAACCUGGACCCCGCAUGCGAAGGCUACUGGCCACCAGCCCACCACCACGACGACAACGACGACGACGUCGUGGACGACGACGAUGAGGAGGACAGCGAUGAGGAGGAUGUGGCAGAGGGCGUGGUUCGAACGAAGAGCGAGGCCGGAAACAACACUCACAGCAGCAGCAGCGGUAGUAGCAGACGAGACAAAGCACAGCAAGGGGCGAGGAAGAAGCAGACCACCAGCAUCAACGACAACAGCACGAAGGACGAGAGCGCGACGCGACUGCAGGGUGCGAGCAGUGGAGACGGAAGGACGUUUGAUAUUGACGUGCGGGACCUGGUGCGCGCGGAUGAGGUGAUGGAGAGGUUACAACUGGGGCCCAACGCAGCGCUGGUCUUCUGCAUGGAGUUUCUUGAGCAGAACUUGAGCUGGCUGAAGGAGCGCAUUGACGAGCACAAGGGCCACACGUUCGUCUUCGACUGCCCGGGCCAGGUGGAGCUGUACACCCACCACCGCAUGAUGCGCGGCAUCGUGCAGACCAUGCAAGACACGUGGCACAUGCGCGUGUGUUGCGUGCACCUGGUGGACUCGUUCAUGUGCAGCGACCCGGCCAACUUCAUGUCGGCGCUGCUCGUGUCCAUGUCUGCCAUGAUGAUGCUGGAGCUGCCGCACGUGAACGUCCUCUCCAAGGUGGACCUGAUCGAGGCCUAUGGGCGCCUGCACUUCAACCUUGACUUCUACACGGAGGUGCUUGACCUCCACUACCUUGUGGACCAGAUGGAAGCUGGGAUGGUUGGCGGCGGCCGGCGGCAACAGCGGUUUCACGCGCUCACCGUCGCCCUGGCCGACCUCGUGCAGGACUACGCGCUGGUGCACUUCCAGACACUCAACGUGCAGUCGCCAGAGUCCAUGGGCGCGCUUGUGCGGGCGGUGGAUAAGGCGGUUGGCAACCUGUACACGCAGGCGAGCGAGGGGCAGGUGGCGAUGGAGAGCGCCGUCUUUUCGCAGCCGCCGCUACACGAAUCACACGCCUUUGCCGCACAACGCGAGUACAUGUCGUAGCGCUUGGCUAUGUGUGUGUGUGUGUGUGUGUGUG